GCCACUCUGUGUGCAGCAGGUGUGGAAUCACUGAUGACCUUCACCUGUGCACUGUGAUCAAACGAUGUAUAAAACAGCUGCUGGUGGCCGUGUGAAGCAGUCAGCCACGUCGCUACAGAGUUGGUUUGUAGGUAAAGGUUGCUGGGGUUUCAGUGCCAAUCUCUGACAGUGGUUUGGUUUUUGUAACUCUUUGUUUGGCUGCGGACAGACUUGAUAUGAUGAGGCUUAACAAUAUUUUGUUGUGGGACUUCACCAUGGCUGCGUUAAUCAUCUUGGCUCAAGCAAGGCCAAGUAUGAAGACGAAUUCCCAGUCAAGCAGUGGUUUAAGGUCAGACUGUGUUGGUAAUCUCAUGAGGCUGUCCUUAGACGGGGCUCUCGCAGUGGGGAACCAGCUUGAAGUGGACGCUGUCAAUGGCACCCAGCACAUUGCAUUAACACCCAGCCUGGCUGCUCAGUGUGGAUAUAGCAUGGAGUCUGACCCAUGGGGAAACACUAGGAUCUACACAUCUCUGAUGGGCUGCUAUGUGGAAAACCAAGAGGACCUUACCUUUAAUGUUGGCAUGAGGCUGCGUUUGUACAACCAGAGUCCCUCCGAUAUGUCCAGUCAUGAUGUGACUCAGACAUGCAGCUACUCACGGUGGGCCUCAAGAGAGGUUCUCUGUGACAGGAACUACAUGGAAGUGUCAACCCGCAUGGCUACACCUGAGCCUGAAGCUAAAGGACAGGCUCAGGAUGUUAAAGAGGACUCGAAGAACAAUGCUGUUCAAAGUGCAUCAGAUGCCGCACAUGGCAUCUGGAAAAUGACCUUUUUCACCCCAGAGCCAGUGUCCAUGGUGCUGAGGGAGGCUACACAAUCUGGUUACGCUGCCAAGUUGACCCCAACCCGCGUGGUUGUGCGAAGCCCGUACAAUACAGCUGAGACUUAUACUGAGGAUGUAGCGGGAGUCUCCAUGGAGGUUUUCAGGGUGACUGCUUACUACAAUACCCCUCAUGGUUUGAAUGUUGUCAACUUGGCAGCUGCUUGUCCCACAAGUGGCAUCCUCUUUACCGAGGACACAAUCUCCUGGUACGUGCCUCGCCGUGUGACGCCCCUGAUGGAUGGCAGCUUUAAAAUCCUAGAAUUGCACAUGGGCAUCAACGGGCAGAGGCUGGAGAAAUCUCAGAUGGCCACACGUGGGUACACGCUAUCUCAAACGGAUUUCCACAUUGUCAUCGAGAUCCCCGUGGGCUCGCCUGAUGGUUACUACAAGAGCCAUGCCCCAGAUUACCAGUACCACAUCACCUACAGUGUGGAGCCCAUGCUUGAUGUACUGUGGAGGGCAGAUGACACCCAGGAUGAUACUAGAUACAAGAUUUUGUUCCCCAUUACCAGUCCUCUGAUGCCCAGACCGCCACACUUUAAUGAUGACACCAUUGCACAAAACAGGAUGUUCAGUGUUCUUUUGGGGACCUUUCUUCAGGAUGUGGAACUGAAGAAUAUCACAUUUUCCACUGGGGUUCUCACUGUUGAGGAGUGCAAUGCCAGAGGCUUUGCUGUCCAGCAGCACAGUUUCCCCAACGGAUCAAAGAGCUUCUCUCUGCAAGUGCCUUUUGAUGCCGACGUUGUCCUGAAGCAUAAUCCUGAGAAGUUGGUGACCGUCUACUUCCUCCCUCUGGUCUUUGGGUUUCUAGUUCAACCUGAGGAAACCCCUUUCGCUCACCCAGUGGAUUUGGAGGCUUCUCUACAGGAUGUUGUGCUGCCCUUCCUCACUGGCACCUGCGACGAGAAGAACUUUCACAUCGUGGUGACGUACGGGAGUCAAGGCCACGGUUUCCAGACACUGGUUGGAUAUCGGCAGCUGACUCCUGACCUGUCUGUUCUCUACAACGUGAGAAGUAACGAGACCCACAAGAGCAUUGUGGUGCCGUACAUGGCAAAGGACGUGGCAUUUGAGCUGUUUACGUCCGACUCACUUCGCGCCAGACUUGACGUCAUAUUGUGGGAUCCAGUCAAUGAGUGGACGCUCGGUGAUCUCUAUCUGUCCUGCAGUUUCCCCUUGAUCACCACCAACUGUUACCCAAAUGGAACCGUGACCGCUGUGGCUGUGAAGGUGGAAUCGGUGCCCAAUCUCUCUCCAAGUGCGCUGACUCUGAAGGACCAGUCCUGCAAACCAGUUUUUAGUGACGACCGCUUUGCUUAUUUCACUUUCAAUGUUGAUUCCUGUGGGACCACCCGAAUGUUUUUGGAUCACGACAUGCUCUACGAGAAUGAGAUUGGCCUCUAUUACGACACUUACAGCAAAGGCACAGCCUACACGUCACCAGUUGAUCCCGACUACAGGCAAACUAUUUCUUGCUACUACGUCGUCAACGACACCAAGACCAUUGCAUUCAACUCUAAACCAAUCGGCAAAGAACCGACGGCCGAGAUCGGAUUGGGACAACUGAUGGUGCAGAUGAGACUAGCGGAAGAUUCCUUCUACGAAUUCUUCUUCCAAGCAGAAGAUUAUCCAGUGAUCAAGUAUCUGAGGCAACCUCUUUACUUUGAGGUGGAGCUCAUGCACUCUGCUGACCCACAGUUGGAGCUCAUCCUAGAGAAUUGCUGGGCUACUCUUCAUGAAGACAGGACAUCGCUGCCCAGUUGGGACAUCAUUGUGGACAGCUGUGGCAACCAAGACGACAGCGACAUGACUAUCUUCCACCCCGUCGUGAGCGACACCAGAGUUGUCGUCCCAUCCCACGUGAAACGCUUCUCAACAAAAAUGUUCACCUUCGUUCAAGAUGAAGAGGUUCUGAAGGACGAGAUCUACGUCCACUGCGAUGCACUGAUUUGUGACACAAGCAACCGAGCAGAUGGCGCCUGCAGAGGCCAGUGCGCACAUCCAGGCAUGAAUCCCUCUGGACACCAGAGGGUGAAAGUAAAAAGAGAGCAAAGACGCACGGACUUGAGCCACCAAAGGCAAAUCUCUUCCGGGCCCAUUUACCUGUUAACCCCCUAACUCAAACUGCAAUAAAUGUUUCUUAAACUAUA